AGCAUCUCUUUUGUCUUCCAUUCUAUUGUAGCUUCUUUGCUAAAAGGCGCGGCGCCUCUUUUCCGUUUAUUUUAUUUCUUAAUUCUACUACUAGUCCUCUCUUCCGAAGAGGGGAUUCAGGAGUGAUCAAGCAUGGGUGGUUCUGUGAAGGAUCUGAAGUCAAAGGAGGAGCUUGAUGAUGUGCUCCGCCAAGGGUCACCAGUUAUUCUCCAUUUUUGGGCGUCGUGGUGCGAAGCGUCCAAGCACAUGGAUCAAGUCUUUUCCCAUCUCGCCACCGAUUUUCCCAAUUCUCAUUUCUUCAGGGUUGAAGCUGAAGAACAACCAGAACUCUCCGAGGCCUAUUCCGUUUCUGCAGUUCCUUACUUUGCCUUCUUCAAGGAUGGUAAGAAGGUAGAUACAUUGGAGGGCGCAAAUCCAGCUAGUUUGGCCAACAAAGUUGCUAAAGUUGCAGGGUCGACCAAUGCUGGAGAAGUGGCUGCUCCUGCCAGCCUUGGGAUGGCUGCUGGACCUGCUGUCCUUGAAAGUGUCAGAGAGUUUGCAAAGGAAAAUGGUUCUUCCCAGAAGGAAAGCUCGUCAAUGUCAGGCCUCACCAGUGAUCCACUAAAAAAGCGUCUCCAAGAACUGGUCCAUUCACACUCAGUUAUGCUUUUCAUGAAAGGAAGCCCAGAAGAUCCUAAGUGUGGGUUUAGUCGGAAGGUCGUCGGAAUUUUAAAGGAGGAGGGGGUCAAAUUUGGGAGCUUUGACAUACUGGCAGAUAAUGAGGUGCGUGAGGGAUUGAAGAAGUUCUCCAACUGGCCAACAUUCCCUCAGCUCUACUGCAAGGGAGAGCUUCUUGGGGGCUGUGACAUCGUAAUUGCAAUGCAUGAGAGUGGUGAACUGGGAGAAAUUCUCAGAGACCAAGGAGUUCUUGCAGCAGGUCCUGAGGAGGCAAAAAGGAAUGGAGCAGGAAAUGUUUCUUCCCCUAAUCCCUUGGCGGGAAAGGGUGGUGUCUCGGUCUCCAAUGGCUUGAGUGUGGCCUUGACCUCGAGACUGGAGAGCCUCAUCAAUUCAAGCCCUGUCAUGCUAUUUAUGAAAGGAAAACCAGAUGAAUCCAAGUGUGGUUUCAGCAGCAAGGUAGUUGAGAUUCUUAGGCAGGAAAAGGUGGAAUUUGAGAGUUUUGAUAUCCUUGCUGAUGAUGAAGUACAAGAAGGGCUGAAGGUUUACUCUAACUGGUCCAGCUACCCUCAACUAUACAUAAGAGGUGAACUGAUUGGGGGAUUGGAUAUUCUGUUGGAAAUGCAGAAGAGUGGGGAGCUCAAGAGGGUAUUGACUGAGAAACCUCUUGAGGACUGGCUGAAGAAAGUGAUAUCUUCUUCUGCAGUGAUGCUUUUCAUGAAGGGUACACCUGAUGCUCCACGUUGUGGUUUCAGCUCUAAAGUUGUCAAUGCCUUGAGGGAGGAGGGUGUGAGCUUUGGGUCAUUCGACAUCCUAACAGAUGAGGAAGUGAGGCAGGGCUUAAAGACGUUCUCAAACUGGCCUACUUUUCCUCAGCUUUACUACAAAGGCGAGUUGAUUGGAGGUUGUGACAUUGUACAGGAACUGCAUAGCUGUGGUGAGCUCAAGUCUACGCUUUCCGAGUAGACUUGAUAAUCUAUUAUCCUCUCCAAGUAAAAAUUGUUUUAAAUAACAUGAUGGCAACUUCCAGUUUAAAUGUUUAACGAGUUUGCGCAAAGGUGUGUCUUAAUGAUAUUACACAUAUACCUUGCAUAUUGAUCAUCUUAACUUUGGUUAUCCUGUGAUUUGGACUUUGAUAUUCAUUAGGACAUAAAAUCUGGGCAAAUUUUUGUCAUGAGAUAUAAUUUACUCAUUUUGUACA